AUGAGCAAACCAUUGUUGGUGGUGGAAUUAUCAAAUGAAAGAAAUCAAACGGAAGAGCAUAAUAUUGGUGCUAGUAGUUCGGAAGGAAUAAAUUUGAUAUAUGAUAAAGUAUCGGAUGAAUAUUUUGUAUUUCAAGAUAAUCAGGAACCAGAAGAUUUAAAAUACGAGUUGAGUCUUUUUGAUAAAUUUAGGAGUAUUAAGGAUUAUUCAAAUGCAAUAACUUCAAUAUCCAAAUGUAUAGCCAAGUAUCCGAAUUAUUUUUAUUUGUAUUAUAAACAGGGAUUUUUAUUUAAAUCCAUAUCUAGUAGAUCGAUAGAAACAAUUAGAAGUUGUAAGAUGGCACUAUUUCUUGCCUCUAGACAACGGAAUAUAGUUUGGAGUCUAUUAUUAUCUGGUUUUAUAUUUGAAUUGGAUAAUCAGUUUAAAACAGCGAGUGAAUAUUAUGAGAAUGCACUUAAACUAUCAAAUGAAAAAACAUUGCAUUUACAGGAUUUGUAUUUUAGGAUUGGUAUGAUAAAGGGCGAUUUAGAGGAUUAUGUUUCUAGUAUGGAUUAUUUCUACAAAUCUUUGGAAAUACAACAAUCAACAGAUCCAACAAAAAUAUUUUACAUGGGAAUGUGUUACAAUAAUAUUGGUUGGUGUUAUAAGCAAAUGGAAAAUGAUCAGAAAUCUGUUGAAUUUUAUGAAAAGGCAAUUCAGGUUUGCAAUGGAACUGCAUCCUUGUUUUACUCGAACAAAAUUAAAGCUCUGAAAAAAUUGGAAAGAAUUGAUGAAGCUAUUGAACAUUGUGAUGCUGCUGUGAAGGUAACAAUAGAUCGCAGCUCUCUUAGUAGCUUGUAUGCUGAGAAGGCCUUCCUCUAUCAUUUAAAGGAUCAAAGAGAUUUGGCAAGCGAAUAUUUCGACUUGGCAAUGAAAUACGACGAAAAGUUUUAUUUUCCUUACCUUUAUGCGAGUGUAUCAAAGUUGACCAGAUUGGGAACCUCAAAUCAAAAUAAUAGACAACCAAAUGAAUCACUCACAAUUUUGGAGAAGGGAAUUAAUAUUUGUGAUGAAAAAAUAGAGCUGGUGCAAAUGUUGGUUUCUAUUUAUGAAUUCUUGGGGGACACUGAGAGAGGAGAGUUUUACUCUAACAAACUCGUCCAGUUAAAAGCAGGCCUAUUACAGAGAAUUAGUUAAGAAGUAAAUUAAUUUAUUCGAAAUCUC